AUGGACCCCGUCUUCAACGAUACUUCCACAUACGAUCGCCCUGCUAGUGAUUUCUCUCGCACCCCCUUUCAAAAUUGUCAAUCACAAGAUGGAUGGUCCAAUCUCCCUAUCGAGGCGGGGGUAGUUUCGGAAUUGGCCCGACACCCAGGUAGUUUGCAUGCUGCGCAGCCUAAGGAUUCUGCGAUGAUGAAUGAUAUCAGUGUUUCUGCUCCCAGUUUCUACUCUUCUACCUCAGCAGAGGUCGAGCAGGCUGGCAACGCAAACCCCGGCCUCGCUAUAGCGAACUCUAAUCCUUCCUAUGCGCCUCCGGCAGUCCCGGUCCACCAGGGCUUUGCCACGACGGGUGAUAUAGACAAUGCCGGGAAUCCGGUCAAUCCAUGCGCUUUGCCAGGUCACCUAGAGGAGGAUCUAAAGAAAAAUGCAGCGGCAGGAGGAUCAGGAUUGGGAUCGGGCUCGACUACAGUUGGGGUCAAUUUUCAAACUCUGCUGGACAAUCUCUCUCAUCCGCCCGCUGCGGCGACCGCGCCUACAGGGGCUAUGCCCUCUCUAGUGGAGGCAGGCUCGUCACUCCCCAAGGCACCUAUGGACGAGCCUCUCCAACCCGGGUUAUCAUCUUCACUGGACGCUCAGUCUGUGAACCUCCCGGCCCGCCCUCCCCUUCAAGAUGCCCCCACCCAUCCCAACUACCCUGCCCAUGUAAUGAUACCCAUCAAAACUUCCCCUCUAUGCCUCCCGGAGGUCCCCCCUGGUGCUGGCUCCGGUCUCGGCGCUCUCCCCCUCCCCCCCAUUGCCAGUUUCCAGCAGGCCCAACAAACCACACCUACUUCGACCGCGGAUUCGCAGACGUCCCUAGAGGGACUCUCACAAACUCCCAAGAAAGGUCGGGCCGAUAAACCAGUGGUGCGACCCAGCAAGGCAGGGGAUGACGAUUCGCCUUGGGGGCCGGAGGUUCAAAAGAAAUAUGACGAAUUCUUGCAUGAUGAGAGAAUAUAUGUGACGGAGGGUCUCUGGGAUCGCUUUCCAAUGGGUUCGAGACUGUUCGUGGGAAACCUUCCCACCGAGCGGGUUACGAAGAGAGACAUGUUCCACCUAUUCCACAAAUACGGCAAAUUGGCGCAAAUUUCGAUCAAGCAGGCUUACGGCUUUAUACAAUUUCUUGAAUCCGGUGCUUGCCACGCAGCAUUGCAGGUCGAACAAGGCGCCUUGGUCCGUGGAAGGAAGAUUCAUCUUGAGAUUUCCAAGCCACAGAGAUCGACUCGACCUGGCCCUGCAGAGCCGGUUCGUGCACCACCGCCCCGUCGCUCCCGAUCGCCAGAGUUCAGCCGAGCUGCCCCUGUCCGGAACAACGUUCGAGCCACCGGUGAUCGUUUUGAUCGUCCUCACGAAACAGCUCGACUUCCCUUCAGCGAUUUCCGGGAUGAGCCCUCACACCGCAGACGUGAUGACUAUCGACCUCCGCGAUCACCUUCUCCUCGACCUCUUCGCCGAGAUGGAUACCGGUCACGAGAUCGGACUCCUGAAAGGCUCGAUCGCCGUAGAAGGUCCCGGUCCCCGCGCUCUCCACGAUCCCCGUACGCCCGGGACCGUCGGUAUCGCAGCCCAAGCCCCCGACCCCGUGGCGUCUAUGAAGGAGAAGCCGAUCUCCCAGUUCCGAGACGGUCUCCACGAGACGUGCCAGAGGUCCAAGUCCUUGUUUUAGAAGAAGUGGACCGUAACUUCAUUCUUCAUGUGGAAAAUGCUUUUCGCAAUCGCGGUUUGCGUGUAGACGUGCUUGUGCUUGGUCCUCGGAUUCCCCUCGGCGCUGCGGUUCACCGUCAAUACAUUGAAGGUGUUCUAGCAGUUGUUCGUUUGUCGCGGCCAAACCAAUUCUCUCGCAAAAUCCCCCUUCAAAUAUUUGACCGAAGUGCCGGACCGGCCAACGUCCGCUUCAGCGACUACCCUGAAGUUGAACCUAAUAUUGCCGCUGAGGUCAUGUUUCACCAAGCCCAAGCGAUGCAGCGAGGCCCCAUUCCAGCUUCCUUUGCCCCCAAUAUGGCUUUCGGCGUUCCUCAGAUACAGCCUAUGCCUAUGCCUAUGCCCAUGCCUCAGGCUCCUAUGCCCCAGCCGAGUAUGCCAGCUCUCUCCAAUCCGCCCAAUAUUGCGAACUUGAUUAGUUCCCUGGAUGGCCCUAGCCUUCAGUCUCUCUUGUCCGCCCUCCAGCGGCCGGGUCCACAGUCACAGCCUGGAUCGGCAGCGCAGUCGCCAUUUUCCUCUCCCAACCCUCCGUCACAUGCCGACUUAGCCAGUCUGUUGAGCAAUGCGAGCCGACCUCCCCCGAUCCCUCAACCCCCACAACAACCCCUUCUCCAUCCACCUUUUGCCAUUCACCAUCCCACUGCGCCUGUCGUCUCUGACCCGAACCUUCUUGCUCUGCUUGCUAAAGGCCUCGGAGGCCAGCCGCCACAGGGACAGGCACCUGUUGCUGCGAAUGUCCAAAAUCUCAUGAACCAAUUGCUCCAUCGAAAGCAAUGA